UAUAGGUCAAUUUUGUUCUGUUGUCAGCGUUGUUGCAAAUAAUAUUCGCCACGUACACACCGAACGUUGUCUGAUCUGUAAUCUAACUGGCUUCAACCACUCGAGUACUUGUUAUUCACCCAGAUUUCCAGUCUCACAAGCAGAAGCGAACAUAAGAACUCUUCGCGAGAAUUGAACGUCGUGUUUUGGGGGUGUCAGUGCUGAAUCAAUGGUAAAGAUGGUUUACUUGAUGGUGUUACUCGCUCUUCUCGGUGGAGCAAUGGCAGAUACCAACAACAACAAACCAGAAGCGCGUAUGGUGAUUCUGCCCUUAACCGCCAGCACUGGUCGAUUCAACAAGGUGUAUGCAACCUUUGACGGAACGGUAUACGAGGCAAAUAUCCCCAAUGUGUGGGCACCGACCGCAGAAACAGUGCUUGUUGUCAUGAACGUCACUGACGUGCCAACCGAGGAGACGGCGAUUAUCCCUGACAGCGAUUCCGAUGAACCGACUCGAUUUGGCAGUCCAGUAAUCGGUUUAGACGUGAUCACCGCAAGUGGAGAGAAGAUUUCGGCGGACUUUGACGAGGCACCCAUUGAAGUCAUCUUUCCACGUCAAGAGUGUCUCUCCGAGGAAACUAUCGUGUGUGCCCACCAACCAGCUGAAAACAAGCAAUGGUAUGCCAAUGGAUGUCGAGUGUCUAGCGUCACGAAAGAUGACGUCACCUGUAGCUGUGGUUUCCUAGCGAAUUAUGCCCUGCUAUUGCAACCAUAUAAGGUGGAAAUGACUAACUCUCGCAGUAUGAACCUUCUAACAUCCGUCAACAUGACUGUGACCGUUGCAUCUCUCUGCAUAGUUCUGCUGGCUUACAAGUACUCUAGAUUAACCAGCUCUCGUACCGUGACCCACGCAAGUCUAUCGUUGGCAAUGGUUGCUUUAUACUCAACGGUCUUUUUCCGGGACGAUGAAAAGCCGGUUAUCUGCACCACCGUCGCCAUUUUGUUUCACUUCUUCAUGCAAGCUACUUUCAUUUGGAUGGCACUAGCAGGCGCUCUUUUCUACCUGACGUCACACGAUGAGCACACAUCUACUUCACGGAUCCGACCACGUGCAUUAUUGCUGACAGGCUGGGGGUUCGCUGUAGUAGGGAUGGUGGCUUCAUUCGCAAGUGGUCUUUGUGGUUGCGCAACAAGCACAGGAAGCUGCUGGUUGUCUAGUGGUGAGGCCUUCGUCUGGGAACUCAUGGGUCCCAUUGUAUAUAUGCUUGUUAUCAAAACUUUGAUAACUUGUCGGUUGACCAGGUGGGGAGGAUUGCAAGAGAGAAAACUUAGCAACCAGGAGACGGUCAAAAUAAGAUCUGGACUACAGGUGGCCUCUGUACUUGAGCCGUUGGUUUGCUUGUUGUGGAUACUGGGACAUUCCUAUCUCCCUGAUGGCAACUUAUUUUUCACCAAUGCAUUCGUGACCUUGAAUAGCCUGCAGGCUUUCUUCGUGUUUUACACCAGUUUGUUGGAAGAAGACAAAUCUUACUUGGAAGAAGACGUUGCUACGAAGUUACACAAGACAGUGGACUCGGGCACAAUAUCAGUUAAGGAAUGAUAAACUCAACGUGGUUCAACCACAGUGCGAGCAGUCGGAAGUUGGUGCCUUACAGAGAUGGUCUUGAGACAACUUAAUUUCGGUUUAUACAUUAUGUUUACCUAUAUAACCAAUAGGGUCGAUAAGCACAAGUUUCUGUAUAAAAGCAAUUCACAUACAGUGGGCCGCCUUUUAAUAAGACGCCACUUACCGCCCCCUUUUCAACUUUACGAUCGACACCGUUAUGAAAAUAUUACCAUUUGGUUGAUCAUUUGUUUUUUUACAAAACCUGAGCAAAUCCCCGUCAUCCGAUUGGUGGAUCGUUGAUCACAUGUCGUUGAAUUAUUCGUCCCCACGCACUGCGCGGCCGCAAAGCAAAAAUACUAGUUCUACAGCACGGUGAAUUGAACUUACAUUGCACGAUUUCAUUACUGUCGGCGGUGGCGCUGUAACACGAAUCCAAUUUUCAGAAUGGUAAAUUGGCGGAAGAUACGCGAGAAUCUCUGUGUGGUUUCCAAAUAGAAGAGGAAAUAUCAGAACUCAAUCGUAGGUGAUUCUGACGCUGCUAACACAAACAAGCACAUAAGAUAUGCUGCCAAACGAUUAGAAUAGAAAUGGGGAAGUUCUGAACUUUUCAAGAACAGUUUCUAAAAUACACAAAUUGGAUAUGACAGUUUUUAAUAAAUCGGAUAUUGGAAGUGAACCGCCAGUUAUUGCCAUCUGAAAAAGUAGAACAUUGAUGUAGGUACCAGUUUACCAAACAAUCAGAUAACAAGGAUUUAUGCAGGUGUUAUAUAAAACAAAUGAUACAUGUUUCAAAUUCGUGCAAUGGAAAGAAGAAUUUCAUUCGGUGACAGAUGUAUGUUGCAUUCCACGCGCCUUCGCCUCGUAGAAUGGAACAUUCAUCUCUCACCUCAUGAAAUUAUUCUUACCAUUGCACUCACUAACAUUCAUUGUUUGUAUACCAUUAUUCAAGCGCGGUACUUAUUAAGCGACUAUGCUUUUGGAAGCAUUGUGAAACCUCGUUAUUCACAGAUAGAAUGAACCUGGAACCAUGUGUGUGCAAGGACAAAACGCAGCCCGUUGAAUACUGCACAUGCCCGCAAUUAUUUUCAAGUGGCGCACUGCACCGUGAAUUGCACAUUAUUGAAGUAAUAUCAAAAAAUUAACAAGUUUAUUUCAAUAUAAAUGUAUAUAUGCUGUAAGUAUUUUGGUAAAUGUUGCUGCUUUGCUGAUGUUUUUUUUUUCUGUUGGAAUCCGACGAGUAAUGACUAUGUAUAUUUUCUUCAACUACAAUGUAUAGUGUAGCGCCUUUAGCACUAAUGUGUUGGUGGAUACGUGCGCUUUUAAAAUGACAAUAUAACAAUAAUGAGUGUUAUUAUUAUCGUCCAUUACCACCCAAUAUCAAGCAAUGAGAUGGAAUUCAAAUCAAGGGUGGACAGGGAAACUGAAGAACAAAGGAUUAUUCAAAGACCAGACUAUAUUUAACGAGGCCUUAAUGGGGAUCGUGGCUUUAAUUGUCACAGUACAAAAUUGAUAAUUGAUUGAUCACCACCUUCUGUUUUGACUGUACAUAUACCCGUGUAUAAAAUUUGUGUGAUGACAGUUUUUGCUGCGAAAACUUCUGCAAACUUUCAUUCUAGUUAGUUAUUUAAAGUGCUUCCUUACCUUACAUUUGUUUGAAAUCUGAAAAAAAAAAAAUUUUUUACAAAGUUUACUUUUCUUCUUUUUAAUCGAAAGGCUAGUUAGCUUUAACAUCGUUUGACCAGUGAUGUGCCACGAUGGUUGUUUUUCAACUAAUUCGUAUAAAUGGAGCAAACAUUGAUUGUCAGCGGGAAAAUACAUACAUGCAUAACGCAAUAAAAAUAGUAUUCCGACUUAUGUUUGAACAUUUGA